AUGGCUGUCAAGAUUAGGAAACCACAGUACAAAGAAAGAGGCAUUACUUGGGAAGAUCAAUCAGUUGUCCAACUUGCCAGCGAGUUGGAUUUGGAGAAGCAUUCCUUUGGUGGGUACUUCAGAGAAACCGACAGAUCCAAAGACAAGGUGGUCAAGAAGCAACUGCAAAUAGAGAGUGGUGACUACAAAGAUGUAGAGCGUUCUGAAUCAUCAGUCAUCCAUUUCUUGAUGACAUGUGAUUCCCCAGUGAACAGGUUCCAUGUUAAUGUUACAAGUAAAUGUAUCUACGUAUUACAGCGUGGAUCGGGGGUAUAUGUGUGUAUCCAUCCCGACGGGAGGCUCGAGACAUUCAGGGUUGGGUUCGAUGUGGCAAAUGGGGAGAGAACACAGUGGGUUGUUGAACCUGGGGUUUAUAAGGCAGGUUAUCUCGUCAAUAGUGCGGAUGCUGCAAAUGAAACCGCCACAGACCUACUAUGGAUUACAGAAAUAGUUGUUCCAGGUUUCGAUUUGGAUGACAUGAAAUUCCUAGACAAGAAACUCCUUGUGGAGAAGGUCGGGAGUGAACAAGCUGCAAAGCUGGAGUUCCUUUUGUAG